CGGGUGCCUCGGGACUGUCCAAUUUUAAACGGGUGCCUCGGGACUGUCCAUCAUUUUAACGGGUGCCUCGGGACUGUCCAUCAUUUUAACGGGUGCCUCGGGACUGUCCAUCAUUUUAACGGGUGCCUCGGGACUGUCCAUCAUUUUAACGGGUGCCUCGGGACUGUCCAUCAUUUUAACGGGUGCCUCGGGACUGUCCAUCAUUUUAAAGGGUGCCUCGGGACUGUCCAUCAUUUUAAAGGGUGCCUCGGGACUGUCCAUCAUUUUAACGGGUGCCUCGGGACUGUCCAUCAUUUUAACGGGUGCCUCGGGACUGUCCAUCAUUUUAACGGGUGCCUCGGGACUGUCCAUCAUUUUAAAACGGGUGCCUCGGGACUGUCCAUCAUUUUAAAGGGUGCCUCGGGA